UGGAACAGUUUUGAUUGCUGACAUGUUCCUAGUGUUAAUAAUUCUGCGUUUGCUGAUGGUUGUCGAUGCGGAAAAACUCGAUCCUAGCCAUUGCAAAAAGCGUUUCGUUAUCGAUUGCAAACUAGGAAAAAUAAAAUGGUUUCAUAACCCAGCGGUUGGAAUUUGCCUGCGCAGACUGACUUGUCGAAGCGGAUUUGAUUAUCGAUCCGAGUGCGAAAGCACUUGCAUUGCCGUCCCAAAAAAGAAGGUAAACGAAUCAUCCAAGAUACUUCAAAUGAUAGAUAGGAUGUUGAUGAAAUAUAAAGAAAGUGAAAGGAGAAAAAAGCUGAAAACAACGAAGCCUCCAAAGCUCUCGCCAACUCCUUCACUGGUUACAUCGACCGAUUUAUUAUCAGUUACUACUCCAGAGACUUUUACGAUUGUUAUUGAAAUACCAGAUCUGGAAACCACGGCAACAUAUCCGGAGGAAACUACUGUAGAGUAUUCUAGCGAAGGAUACAGUAGCACUACAACACUAAGUGCACAAUUGAGUACUAAAACACGUAGAAAUACCGUUAAAAAGAAAAAAGUGGUAGUGAUAGGGUCUAAUCUGACCACAAAAAAGAGUAUAAUUUCCCAAAUUAUAGGAUGGGGGAAAGGGAAAGGAUAAACUAUUUAUUUAAUAUAUUAAAAUUAAUCUCAGCUGGCAUGUGAAUAUAUUAUUAAUAUAUUGUUUUAUUUCGUCAAGUAAUGCCCCUUGGGCGGCCCGGACUGUAACUAAUCACUUGUAUUUCUCGAACAACACCAUUGCAUAUAAUAAAGACAAAGAAAGAAAAGAAUAGGAAUAUUACUUAUUUUCUUGUUUUUAAGAGCAACGAAAAACGAAAACUUAAUUAUGGAGCAUUUAUAGCGGGAAAUAAACCUCCUGUUGCCUCUCAGGAUAAUUACGGAACACGAAACAACAACAGCAUUAUGAGGCAAAGCGAACAAAAAAUGUCACCCAACAACAACAAAUAACCGCAACUACUUAGCAACAUUAUACACUUCCGUGCCAGCAUCAGGAUCUGAAAACCCCACCCAAAACGUAAUUAUUGUUGCGGUAAAUGCCACACCCCACACCCACGCCCACGCCGGCGACCUGCUCGACCACAGAACAGGCUUUUUAAUUUUUCUAUAUACCAAAAAAAUUAUUGUCCUACGACUAUUUAAUA